ACAUAAAAACUUUUAUUUCAGGGAAGUGUGCUGUCCUUCGUUAGCAUGAAAGAAAAACCCUUACUGGAUAAGGUGGAAAACAAAAUAAAACAAGGUCAAGAGGACAUUUCUGUUUUCAAGUCAUACCAAUUCAAGUUAGAAGAGAUGGAAUCUUUUCGAUAUCGAGCCAAAGAUGCUUGGAGGGCAGUAACAAAGAUUGCGGUGAGAGAAGCAAGGUUGAAGGAAAUCAAACAAGAAAUAUUUAACUGUCAAAAGCUGAAGACGUAUUUUGAAGAUAAUCCGACGGAUCUGCAAGUUCUUCGUCAUGACAAAGCACUACACACAGUAAGGAUACAACAGCACUUGGCCGACGUUCCAGAAUAUAUUGUACCACCUACUUUAAAGAGUUUAGCAGGGAUUACAAAGAGAGGAAAAAGGAAAAGAGACCAUUAUAAAACUUCGGAGAGUUCAACCUCCAAGUUUCAAGUGAGUUUUUGA